UUAAAUUCAUAAUCGAUCACAAGCUUAAGUAUAUUUUAAAAAACCCAGAGUAAAGGGACACGCCGCCUUUAAGAUUAUGCUUACUAAUCGAUGACGCCUAAAUCGAGGAAUAGGUAGUUGAUGUUUGUGGGCUGGGCCUGUGGGAGGGCUGCCUCGCCGUGUCUUCCUGCGGAGGACGCCGGAGGAAGGAAAGCGGAAGCCGGGAGUUCGACUGCAGCUUUUUCUCACACGUGCAGUCUAAUUUUGAGCUGCUUCUUUUUGUAGUCCUUAGAGACCAGAGUGCUCGUUGUUUAUUACCCCACACAUUUAUGUAGAGAAGUCUGGUGUAUUUUGCAGGCAAGCCAUGGCUCAGCUCCAGACACGCUUCUUCACUGAUAACAAGAAAUACGCAGUGGAUGAUGUUCCCUUCUCAAUCCCCGCAGCCUCUGAAAUUGCUGACCUUAGUAACAUCAUCAAUAAAUUGCUGGAGACCAAAAAUGAGUUCCACAAACAUGUGGAGUUUGAUUUCCUUAUCAAGGGCCAGUUUCUGCGAAUGCCUUUGGUCAAACACAUGGAACUGGAAAACAUCUCAUCAGAAGAGGUUGUGGAGUUAGAGUACGUGGAGAAGUACACUGCACCUCAGCCAGAGCAAUGCAUGUUCCACGAUGACUGGAUCAGUGCAAUUGAAGGGGCAGAGGAAUGGAUCUUGACUGGUUCUUAUGAUAAGACUUCUCGGAUCUGGUCCUUGGAAGGAAAGUCAAUAAUGACAAUUGUGGGACAUACAGACGUUGUAAAAGAUGUGGCCUGGGUGAAAAGAGACAGUUUGUCCUGCCUACUACUGAGUGCCUCUAUGGAUCAGACUGUUCUCUUGUGGGAGUGGAACGUGGAAAGAAACAAAGUGAAAGCCCUGCACUGCUGCAGAGGUCAUGCCGGCAGUGUGGACUCUAUAGCUGUUGAUAGCGCAGGAACUAAGUUUUGCAGUGGCUCCUGGGAUAAGAUGCUCAAGAUCUGGUCUACAGUCCCUACAGAUGAAGAAGAUGAAAUGGAAGAAUCCACAAAUCGACCAAGAAAGAAACAAAAAACAGAGCAAUUGGGACUAACAAGGACUCCCAUAGUGACCCUUUCUGGCCACAAGGAAGCAAUUUCCUCGGUUCUGUGGUCAGAUACUGAAGAAAUCUGCAGUGCUUCUUGGGACCACACAAUUAGAGUGUGGGAUGUUGAGUCUGGCAGUCUUAAGUCAACUUUGACAGGAAAUAAAGUGUUUAAUUGUAUCUCCUAUUCUCCACUUUGUAAACGGUUAGCAUCUGGAAGUACAGAUAGGCAUAUCAGACUGUGGGAUCCCCGAACGAAAGAUGGCUCUUUGGUGUCACUGUCCCUAACCUCACAUACAGGCUGGGUCACAUCAGUAAAGUGGUCUCCUACCCACGAGCAGCAGCUCAUCUCAGGUUCUUUAGAUAACAUUGUCAAGUUGUGGGAUACAAGAAGUUGUAAGGCUCCUCUCUAUGAUCUGGCUGCUCAUGAAGACAAAGUUCUGAGUGUAGACUGGACAGACACAGGGUUACUUCUGAGUGGAGGAGCAGACAAUAAGUUGUAUUCCUACAGAUAUUCGCCUACCACUUCCCAUGUUGGGGCAUGAAAGUGAAUAAUAAAUUUUACAGAGAUUCCUUCUGUAAAUGAAAUUGAUAGAGAAUUCUCAGAUUAUAUCAAUGCAGAUGUAGGAAACAGCCUUUUAGAUUAAAGUUUAUAUACUGUUUCACCCUUGAUAAUAGUUAUCACUUUUUCCUUAUUUUGUAUUUAUUAUACAACAGUUGUGUUUAUUAAAUAAGAAACAUGGCUUGCAUUCCCUACCUUAUGAAAACCAUUGAAAUUAAACUGAGUUUUUAAUUUCAUUUUUAAAGGUAUUGGUUUGAAUUAAGAUUUGCUUUUGAAAUGCUAUAAAAGCAUAUGUUAAAA